AUGGCACCAUGCUGUGCCUCCUGCCCAUAUUGCCCACGAGUAUUCUGGGAAGCUAGCCCCGAACCCUACAGUGUCCAAGCCGCUCUCUGACUCUUCCCUCGCAGUCGACGGGACGCGUUCUACAGUGUGUACGCCAUAUCUAGGCACACUCUCUCUGUUGAUGCCUAACGAGCAUUGCGCCCAGCCUGUUUUAUAUUUGUUCUGUUUUGGAUGUGUAAUAUUGGAAACAUCAUGUUGCUCGCUAUAUACCCGUAAUCCUGGACACCCUCAGAGAUGCCCCUUCGAGCAUGGCUAGCGUAAGCACCGCGACUUUGUACCUCCCUUCAUUUGCUGUCCUACAUGCCGUGCAGCAUCGUCUUCGACCCAGCUGUCACCGUUUUCAGCGUGUUUCGUUUGCUGCCGAACCCUCUUCAAACGGCCACCCUUGCAGCCAACAAAGCUCCACCACACCCUUUCACCCUCCAGAUCCGUCGUUGGGCAGGACUCGCGGCUCGCUGCAGCGCGGAUGCAAAAACACGGCCCAUUCUGCCUGUGCUUCUCUGGCUGCGAGCACCUGCUGGCACCGGCGCAGCUCCUCCCACAUGGUCGUCGUACGCAGCCAAUCCUGCCGUGACCGACCAGCUACCGAGCGACAUAUAGCUCGAGUUGAUCUCCAGACAUCUAUCCAGCGUCGCCUUCAGCUCGCGACCAUUUCCUAAGCUACCCAUUGGUAAACUACCUUUUGCCUAGUACAAACGCUACACUGGCCCAUCGUCGCGGCACACGGCUGGGUAGGUUUUGGCUGGAGUCCUUCCCUCCGAAACAGCGGAAGGUCCACCAUUCAACGUCGUCCCGCGUCGCUUGGGGCCGAUUAUCACUGCUAGGGAGGCCCUGUCCACUGCUCAGAGCCGCACUCUAUUGCUCGGAUCCCUUCUCGAACUUCCCUCUGCUCAUGUACCUAAACUAAUUUCCCGCCCGUGAAAAUUUUCUCGAAUGUCUCACAGCCUCUCCAACUCGCUGGCCUGGGGCACGCUGUUGUUUACCGCUACUUCGUCUGUCUGCAGUCGUCUUCCAAGGCAUAUGGUACUGUCGAUGUCGGGCCCACUCGCGGCUGCAUAGCGCUCCAGCGGCGCCGUUUUGAUUCGAUCAAAAGCGUCAACAACAAAGUAAAUGGUCGCGGUUACAUGGUUUGAUCUCCC